GUCUCUCUGUCUCUGCAGGACGAUGGGACGUCACGUGUCUCUGAACAAACUGUGUUAACCGAAGGACACUGAAGCGUCUCUGACAGCCAGAGCGGGACGAGUCAACCGAUCAGAGUCAGGUGAACUCAAACAGGUCGCUGCAGGUCCAGAGGUCAGAGGUCAUCAUGCAGAGUAUAAAGUGUGUGGUUGUGGGUGACGGCGCCGUCGGGAAGACCUGCCUCCUCAUCUCCUACACCACAGGAGCCUUUCCCAAAGAGUACAUCCCCACUGUGUUCGACAACUACAGCAGCCAGGUGACGGUGGACGGCAGGACCAUUAGUCUGAACCUGUGGGACACGGCGGGUCAGGAGGAGUACGACCGGCUGAGGACGCUGUCCUACCCGCAGACCAACGUCUUCAUCAUCUGCUUCUCCAUCUCAAGCCCCGCCUCCUACGAGAAUGUCAAACACAAGUGGCAUCCAGAGGUGUCUCACCACUGUCCCGGCGUUCCCAUCCUCCUGGUCGGCACAAAGAGCGACCUCCGGAACGACGGUGAGACUCAGAGGAAGCUGAAGGAGACGAACCAGGCGCCCGUCAGCCACCAGCAGGGCGCCGCCCUCGCCCGUCAGAUCCACGCCGUGCGCUACCUGGAGUGCUCGGCCCUCAACCAGGACGGCAUCAAGGACGUGUUCUCCGAGGCCGUGCGGGCCUUCCUCAACCCGCAGCCCACCGUCACCAAGAAGCCGUGCGUCCUGCUGUAGGAGCAACCGUCGAACGCCGCGCCGCCGGGACUCUGUGGUGUCACUGCCAAGAGACUGUCUGGAAAAUCUGUUUUUUAUGUUUGGUUAGUA